CAGGCCAUACAGCCUGGCGUACUUUCAGGGUCAAAUUAGCGUUGCACAGCAGGUCUCGCUUCUCUAAGAGACGAGCAAAGACCUACUGUGUGCUCUGGAUGAUAUCGACUCGCUAGGACGCAUUACAGCUAGUCUCAGCUCUUGCGACAAUGGAGCCGGACGCUAUCGACAAUUUACUGGCGCAAACGCCGUUGGCUCCCAGUGUUGAUCGAUCAUUUGUGCUCAGGUCCUUCGAUGAGCCAUCAUUGAAAGCACCUCCUGCAGAAGAUCUCUCGAGCAUACAGGUAUCAGCGCAAGACAUGCAUUCUGCGAACCUUGAGAGGCGACAUGGCGUGAUUCUGCAGCGCGCCUCCCAUCUUUCUGCGCAGCUAUCCUCUGGCAGUGGCAGACAAGGACCACUUGCCAAUCCGCCGACAGCAGGGUUGAGUCCCGAGGCAGCCUUCUUGCUCGAGCGCUUCCAACGAGACCAGCAGGUUCAGAGGACACAGCAAGAAGCCCAGAGUGCUGCACAUCGAGCAGCUCAGCAAGCAUUGCAGGCGCCGAAGCUUGUUCAGCACUCAGCACCAAUGGACAGGACUCCCCGUCAGCAGGAGAGUACGUCUCAAGGGUUUAUAGCGUCUCAGCACACGGUCGCUGCCCAAGAACCUGCUUCAGUCAUCGAGACAUCAGUCAGUACGCAGUACAAUCAGCAGAGCAUGCCGGCAGAGAGUGUCGUCCCUCAACAAGCAGCGAGUACACCUGUGAUAGCACCUGCACAGGCGGUUGCCACGCUUCCUACAACAUCAGCUGUUCCCACUACGCAUCAAGUGCAAGCAGCUGCAUCAGUACCUGCCCCUGUUGCAGCACCUGCUCGACCUGCAUCUCCCGCUGGGAGCGACUCGUCACUGAGCAGUGCACAAAGCGUCACGAGUGAGAUGCUGCGCAUACCUACACGUAGCUUCCCUACUCUGAAGCGUACUGCGGAGCAAGCAGAGCUACCAGUUGAACAGAGCAACUCUGCGGCGAAUAUCCUACAUCGCUACAGUCUUGAUGAUAACGGUCAACCGGUCACGCCAAGUAAGCAGAAGAAGCGAGUGAAUGACCAAGCAGAGCAGCAGACAACAGAUCCGCGUUACUUGGAAGACGCAAAGACCAGAAAUGCCCAGAUUGUCGAAGACACACAAUCAUACUUGGACGAGAUCUUUGAGGCAGAGGACGAUCUAGAGGCGGAUACAUCAGAGAACUCUGGUAAGAUUCGAAGCACGUUCUUUGAUACGCUUGACAAGCGGUUGACGUCCACGACUACCAGUCACUUGCUCAAUGUCCUACGUCGCGCGUCCAAUGCGUCACAGCUCGCUUGCAUUGAUUCUGACGCGCUUGCACGUCUCUUACGCAUUCUAUCACGCGCAAUUGAAUCGCCGGACGUCAACCGGCUUCGCAUACUCGAGGAGGAACCAUCGGAUGAGAGUGAAAGGCAAUGGUUGCGCUUGGUCGAUGCUGCCUAUAAUGCGAUGCUAAGCUCGUUGUGCGUCUUGAAUAUGCUCCAAUCAACCCAGAAGAACAAGCAGCUAUACUCUGAAGAAACUCUCUUAGGCAUGAUCGAUGCCGCUCGCUCAGUCUUUGAGGAUCUCUUCUCGCGUUGGUUCAAGGCGCCUGUUGCAAAGCUCGGACCCGCGGCGAAGCACAAGACAAUGCUGACACAGCUCUUGUCGACUACAGUUCAGUUCUUACAGCAUGCUUCUCGCGUUCUCUCCGUCUUGGAUGCGGAUGAGAAUGUCCUGUCGCGAAUUGAAUUCAUGGCUAUUGCAACCAUCUUUUCUGAAUCUCCACCAAAGGAUCACCCCACAUGCUCAGUGAGUACAGUCGAAGCGUUGAAACUCAAUUCAAUGGCUAUCUUGCAGACAAUCUUUGUUCACUAUACUUCGCAGCGUCGAUUCAUCUUGGAUGAAGUUUUAACAAACCUGAAUAAGCUUUCCACGGCACGUCAAGGUGCACGACAGUACAGACUUCGGGACGGUCGCUCUAUUCAACUGACCUCGGCCUUGCUGCUGCACCUCGUUCAGGCAAGUGCGAUGAUUGCGCCAGAACAAGAAGAAGUAUUCAAGCUGCAGCGAACGCCAAGCAAAGUCAAGCAAGAGGGCGAGGAGACUGGUGAGCUUGAUGACAGUGAAACAUCUGGCUUAACGCCGGCGCUCUACGCCUACAUUGACAAGACCCGUGCUGCUACUAUGACGGCUAAUUUCAUCGUCACUUUCCUUUUGAAUAAGACGAUGAAGUCACACAAAGCUAUCAAUGCGGAAGAUGCGCCACUUCGAGCAUUGCUGGACUCGUUUGUCGAGGAUUUCUUGGCUGUGCUCGCUUUGCCUGAAUGGCCUGCUGCUGAAAUCUUGCUGCGUCUGGUGACGCGUCGAAUGAUUGCCAUGGUCGAUGACCCCAAAUCUGGUUCUCAAAUCAAGAGCUUUGCGCUUGAUACGCUCUGUGCGAUUGCUAAGAGGAUUCGAGAGCUCAGCAUGUCGCUACAAGCACCACUGCCAGAGAAGCACUCGGAGCUCGAAGCAGAUCUCUUCGCGCUACCGAAGUAUGAGCUCACUGCAUCGACGACACGCGCACAGCUUGAUCAACUCGCCUCCACAGAGCAGGAACUGCUUGCCCAUCUCGCAGUGGUCAGUCGAGAAGAUGUCAACUUUUCGUCUGCCGUCGAGCUUUCCCUCGCUUGCUUCGUUGCCAGCCUUGCAGGAACUCUGGGACGUUCUCAAGAUCAACGUCUAAAAGAUGACUUAACGCUCGUCGCGAUUGCUCUAGACGAGGCGCACGCAUCGGAGGACGUGGCGGUGUGGCAAAGUGCUCGAUCAGAUGGGCUACCGACGCAUAUCAGAACACGAGCCUGUGUCUCGCUAUUGACAUUCUAUGGCUUGAUGCACAUGUUUGACGCCAUCUUACCACGAAUGCUCUCAGUCAUGGACCAUUCUCAACCGACGCUGCGCACAAAGGCUCUACGAUCGCUUGGUUCACUUAGCUCGACAGAUCCCACUGUCCUCUCACUCAAGAUUGUCCAGGCGCAAGUCAAUCUGCGGCUAUCAGAUGUCUCACCGCAAGUAAGAGAUGCGGCACUUGAUUUGCUUGGCAAGUACAUUAUUGCCAAUGCUAGCCUUGGCAAAGCGUACUUUGGUGUGCUGAGCGACCGACUUUGCGACACGGGUAUUGCUGUGCGAAAGCGAGUCAUCAAGCUGUUGCGAGAUGUUUACGCCAAUAAUGAGGACGUUGAUCUGCGUGCCAGUAUUGCACAACGCUACCUGCUACGCUUACGCGACGAGGAAGAUUCGGUUCGUGAUCUGAUCAUCAAGGUCCUUACUGACUUGUGGUUUGCAUGGCCAGAGCUCGAGUUCUCGGAACGCUCGAAUGACUUCGACGCCCUUCCAAUUAAGCUACGACAACGUGUCAAAAAUGUUGCUGAAGUGAUUAGCUUGCUGGCCGGUGCUGAACAAGAAGCCACAGUGGAGCUACUUCGAGAACUUCUCUCCAUCUAUUCUGAGGUUGAACAAAAGAGCCUCAGACAUCAGCCCAAAUAUCUACUCUCUCUACUUACUCAAGCGAUGCUAGCAGAAGCAACGCAGGGUACAGAAACGAGGCCUCGUUUGCAACACCUGCUAGCACUCAAAAUCUUGGUCUACGCCGUUCCAACAAUCUUGACCGUGUCACAAGUCGAGUCUCUGAAACCCUUCCUUCUCUUUGGCGCGAAUGAAUUUGAGCGUUAUGCCGCUGGGCAUGUGGCGAGCAUCUACACAAAGGUUAUUCCCCGACAGGCAUCGUACAGUGAUGCGUUCCUUGCUGAAGUACAAGGUAUGCUCUUGGAGCAGUUGACAAAAUUGCCGACAAAGGUGCUCAAUCAAGCAGUUCCUUGCUUGUGCGAGGUUGUCAAAAUGCGCUCAGACUACCGCCGAAUCAUCGCUACAAUCAAAUCUUGUCUCACGAAACUGGUCAACCUGAAUGGACAAGUCGAACCAAAGACGACGAAAGCUGCCGUCUUGCUGCUCUCUCUUUUGGGUCUCUUUGGUCGCCAUCUUGUCAUCACCGACAAGGACAUGCUGCAAAAAGCGUUUCCCAAGAUUGCCUCUCAAGAGGGUUUCGUACAAAUCAUGCUACAAGCUGUCACUGAGUUCUGCCCACACGAAAAGCUUGCCACUCCGUCGGAGAGUCAAAAGGCCGGUGUGAGAGCGCUGGCCAACAUUUGCAUCAGCUAUCCAAAUCACUUCCAGGAUAUCGCCGUUUUGGCUGUCAUGGAUCAAAUAAUGCAAGGAUCGUCUCUUGAGCUGAAGCGCUUGUUGAUUGGCGUCUUUCAGGAGUUCCUGGCAAAUGAAUCGUCAAAAGCAGAACUGCAAAAGCUCAAGUCACCUAGAGGGAGCAAGAAGGCUCAAGCAGCUGAUAUCGAUGUCGAGGUACUUAUUGGCACCACACAGAAGUUUGCAACAGAUGGUGUGAGUCCCGGACUCAUGCAACGAUACAUGAAGGACAUGCUCAAAGCUGCCUCCGGCUCUGAUCAAACCUUGGCCUCUUUAGCGCUGGACGUUCUCGGCAAGAUUGUCAUGCAGGGCUUGUCAAAUCCACGCGACUGCGUGCCAACAGUCAUUGCACUUGAGACCAGUUCCAAUUCUCAGCUGCGUGAUCUUGCCUUGCAGAUCCACACUGCCAUCAAUGAAAAGCAUGAGUCUUUGAUUGAUAGUUGCUACCUCGAUGGUGUGAAGGCAGCUUUCCAUUACCAGACUGUCGCCGACAAGCGCGACACGUCUGCAGACACAGACUCCUUGCUAGAGCCCAUGUACGGUAUCGUGCGCUCGAGCAGACAAGCACGAAAGAAGCUACUGAUGGCCAUCACGCGAGGUCUCGAUGUCAACUUGGACAAGCUGACAAGUCUGGACGAAGAGGACGUCCAGUACGCAGCUUUUGUUGCGAACCAAGUGGCUCGAUUGAAGUACGCCACAAGCGAAGAAGUUCACUUUCUCAUCUUUGGUCUGGACAGAAUUGCAUCGUCCACUACUGUUGCCUUCAUGCAGCUCAUUGACCGGGAAUCCGAGCAGGACUCACAGCCUCUUGAGAUCACACCUGAACACUCUCGUGCCGCAGCAAUUUUGGCGCUUGGACUGUCUUUGCGCACCUACCUCCGCCUCGCAUAUAACAUGUCCGACGCGAAAUGUCGAACCUUCAAUCCUCAGAAACUGGGCAGCAAGGCAGACAUUAAGACUGCAGUCAGGCAGGCAGGUGUGUCGCUUUCGCCUGAUUGGUCGUCCAUGCUUGAUCCAAAUACAGAUAGACUUGCCCUGCUCAAGUCCCUCUUUGGUCAGGUCGAGCGUCAGAUUGAAUCCGAGGAUGAAGCGGACAGAUUGGACACGAACAUGACUCAACAGCAGGACGAAGCUCGGCUUGACGAUGCUGGCGUUUCGGUGCCUGCUGAUUUUCAGGUGGGGUCGACAUCUAGUUCGCAUCAUGCUGGGCUGGUGCAUGCAACAUCUGACGAUAAUGCUCGUCUUGCUCGGAAUGACAUCGCCGGGUAGCAGCUGACAUACUGGGGCAAUCUAUCGCAAGCCGUCAUCCGACCGGAGCUAUUCGAGGUCGUGAAGAACGAUCCGAAGAGCUGGGACUAGAUUGCCUGUCACGCAACUUUCCUACCGCAGAUCUGUAGAAUUGCAGUGUUCUUCAUUUCCCAAAAAACGGUCCCCCUUAAAAUGCACCCGUCAUGAAUCCGCCAUUGAGAUAACGGGCUUAUUUGAUUUGGCAAUCCCGCGUUGGUACAACUAAGGCGAACAAAGCGAGUAUAAGGGUCUCAUAUACGUAGAUGAUCAUCGAAUGGGUUCUAGAAUACGCCGCGAUCGAUAAUCCGCAGGCUUGG